AUUUAAUGAUGACAUACAUUGAUACAUUGGAGAUUUUGUAUUUACAUUUUUUAAAUACUAAAUAAAACGAGGAUUAUUUGAAUUUUAACCUUUUUAGAAGUGUUUACUGUUGAGUGAAUAACUGACUAAUUCUUGGAGAAUUGUUGAUAAAUACUUAUCUCGCAGAAGUUAGAUCGAAUAGAUCGUACACUGAUAAUCAAUUCUCUACCUCGCUCCAACUGAUGUCAACGUUUUUACUAACCUUUCUGUUUUUUAUAUUUUCAACAAACCAAAUCAGUUCCACAAAUAUGGAUUCCGCUGCUGUAUCCUCGGCUGUCGCCAAGUUCUCCAUGCAGUUCUGCAAUGAGCUGGAUAAAAGCCAGAAUGUGGUGUCUUCCCCCCUAUCGGCUGAAAUUCUGCUGGCACUCCUUUCACUUGGAUCCUCUGAACCUGCCCUUCCAGAGCUUCUAGGAGCCAUUGGAUUUCAAGACACUGAUGCAAUCCGCUCAUCAUUUUCACUUGUGUCAUCAAGACUGAAAUCCGUGAAAGGAGUCACUUUGGAUGUGGCCAACCGGGUUUACUUACAACAGGGCCAUGAGCUGGAUCCCAAGCUUAAAGAUGAUGCAGUUAAAGUCUUUGAUGCAGGACUUGAGCCCAUGGAUUUUUCCAAUGGUGCUGUUGCAGCAAAAGUUAUUAAUGACUGGGUGGAGAGCAAGACUAACAACAAAAUCAAGGAUCUCAUAUCAGAAGACUCUCUCAAUGCCCUGACUCGACUUGUACUUGUCAAUGCUCUCUACUUCAAGGGUAAAUGGAAGCAUCAGUUUAAGCCCCAUAACACAAUGGACAAACCAUUCUAUGUGAAGAAGGACACUACUGUGGAUGUUCCUAUGAUGUAUAUUGAAGAACAAUUCAGAUAUGGGGAGAGUGACAAAUUAAAUGCACAGUUACUGGAGAUGCCGUAUGAAGGCGACGAGGCGAGCAUGGUGAUCGUGCUGCCCAAGGACAUCGAGGGUCUCGACACGGUCCUCAAGCAACUGGCCUCGGGCGUCGACCUCGUCCAGGAGCUGAACAACAUGAUCUCCACCAAGGUGCAGGUCACCGUUCCCAAGUUCAAGAUAGAGACCGAGAUCGACCUUAAGGAACUGCUGCCUAAGCUAGGCAUCAAGGCCAUCUUCGACGAAAAGAACUCUGGCCUAACCAAGAUCUUGGACAGCACCGAGCCCCUGUACGUGUCCAAGGCGAUACAGAAAGCGUUCAUCGAGGUGAACGAGGAGGGUGCGGAGGCGGCUGCGGCCACCGGCAUGGUCCUUAUGGCGCGGUGCGGCUUCGUGAUGAACUUCUCCUUCGUGGCCGACCGGCCCUUCCUGUACGUGCUGGCCGGCAGCGACAAGGCUCCGCUCUUCGUGGGGCUCUACAAAGGAAACAACUAAGCCGAUAACCUGAUGUGUGAUUUUGCGGUGUUAUUAGGGCCACUCUUUAUUAAUCACCUUAUUAUAGCAUAAUGAUUUAUGUACAAAUACGCACAGAACAUCUCUGUAUUGUCAAUUAGUGGCUUGUGAUAAAGCUUGGGUAUUACAGUAAUAGAAUAUAUAUAGUUACGCAAAUAGGUGACUUUAAGGUAUUGUAUGUAGUUUAGGCUUUAUAAUUGUAGGUUAAAAUAUUACCGUAUACUAAAUAAUACAUUAAAACUAAUAGUGUAUAUUUAUUUUCAUAAUGUCUACACUAAUCUAGUUUAUCCGUCUCGGUAAUUAUAUAUAAUACAUGUAUCAGAAUUUUCCAAACAUUCGAUUCGAAAAAUCAUGUCUUUGAGUGUUAAGGUUUUGAGGUUUAGUAAAUACGCUAAAGCUUCCGUUAUUGUCAUUCUUCAUGAUGAAAUAUCACAUAAUUACCUAUCAUACAAUUAUAUCUACCUCUAUACCUAUACUUUUGGUAAGUACCUACGCACGCGCACAAAUUUAACGGGUCUAAGGCCACAUAACAUAAGGCAUUAAAUUGCAUUUAAAAUAUAUAAUUAUGUAGAGUCUUUGAUUAAGAUUAAUAUUAGGUAUGUAUAUGUAUGCAAUGUUGUUGUAUUAAAUAGUUUAUAAAAGUUUAAACAUUA